AGCAAACACUUUUGAGAGUUGUUUUGGUUAUGUGAUUUGCGUUGUUGUUCACUUCAUUUUACUCACACAACUCGUUAAGUGUGAAAGGGGUGCAAAAUCCCAGCAUUCCCGACUCAAAAUUACAUCACCCACAAUGGGAUACGGAUACGGUGGUCUCCUCCUCCUUGCGUUGGCCGCAAGCCUCGCGCCAACCGCCCUCGGAUGGAUGGCCCACUUUCGCCCGUCGGCGCUGAGGCUAAGGAUGGCCAACAGUUCGCAGGUGCAGCUCAUCUUGGAGAAUGUGGCCCCGUCGACGCUGCAGCAGCCGGAGCGCUUUGUGUUCCGCAUGCAUAGCCUCAACGCGGGACUGGCCAGUGUGCCCGAGGAGAACGCCACCAUACCGCUGAGCCUGUUCCAUCCGCAGACCCGGGACUGGAGCGGCCCCAUCGUCGUGGAGGCCCACUUUCUGGGUCUGACCAAUGUGACAGUGCGGUUGCACGAUCUAAAACUGAAUAGCAGCGAACUGCCCACCAACUGGAGUAACGACAGUCAGCUGGAGGUGACUGUGCAGCGGCCGAACCGUGUGCUGGACCACAUCUUCCUUGGUUCGAUCAUUGUGCUAAUGUCACUGCUGUACAUCAAUUUUGGUGCCGCCCUCAAUCUGGAGGUGCUGCGCGGUCUGAUCACCCGGCCCACCGGUCCCUGCAUCGGACUGGUUAUGCAGUUGGUGGGCAUGCCCCUGCUUAGCUACGCCCUCGGCGUCUUCAUCUUCCCUCAGUCGCCGGCCAUGCAGCUGGGCCUUUUCUUCACCGGCAUCUCGCCCAGUGGUGGAGCCUCAAACACCUGGACCGCUGUGCUGGGUGGCAAUAUACACCUCUCGGUGCUAAUGACCACCGUUGGCAAUGUGGCCGCGUUUGCCACUAUACCGCUGUGGACAUUCACGCUUGGCCAGCUGAUCUUCGAGCGAGCGGGUAUGGAGGUGCCGUACAGAAACAUUGCCACUUACUGCGCCGGCCUGAUCCUACCUCUCCUCAUCGGCCUGUUUAUCCAGAAGAGAUCGGCGAGACUCACACGGGUGUUGGUCCGCCUACUGAAACCGAUCUCCGCCACCCUGCUGAUGAUCAUCAUCGUGUUCGCCAUCAUCACCAACUACUAUCUGUUCUACCUGUUCUCCUGGCAGAUUGCCGUGGCUGGUCUGGCCCUGCCAUCGCUGGGCUACAUCUUUGCCUGGCUGGCGUCCAAGCUGCUGCACCAGAGCGCCGUCGACUCACUGACCAUUGCCAUCGAGGUGGGCAUCCAGAAUACGGGCAUUGCCAUCUUUCUGCUUUUGGGAGCGCUGGGAUCGCCGGUGGGAGACAUUACCACAGUCGUGCCGGUGUCUGUGGCGGUGAUGACCCCGCUGCCCCUGCUGGGAAUCUAUGUGUACAAUCGAUGCUGCGGAAGAACACUGACCGAGGCCACCGCUGGCGAGUCAGAGCGGAUUGUGUAAGCUUAAUGUUGCUGAAUUUUCUACGUAUGUCUUUUUAGCUUAAGACAUUAUUGUUAUAUAUGUAUAUACGUAUAUAUAUAUAUC